CGCGGCCCUUGUUCAAAACAGAGAACCGACCGAUGACCAGAUUUUGUUUCACCGCUGUACCUGUAACAAUCUGAGGGGGGAAGACCAAAGGAGGCCUCUUUAGCGGCAUCCAGUUCUAAUUUCGACCAUGGCAGAAGGAGGAGAUGUUGAAUGGGAGCUAAGCAAAGAAAACAUCCAGCCACUGCGGCGGGGCAGAACCAUAUCAGCCUUACAUCAGGCCCUCAGUCAACAACAGGACGGACUCAGCUCUGCCAUCAACCAGCAGAGACAGGCCUUUGAGUCCGAGCUGCGAAUGUACGAUGGAAAUGAUCCACUCGAUGUUUGGGAUCGGUAUAUUAAGUGGACAGAGCAAACCUUCCCUCAGGGAGGAAAGGAGAGCAAUCUGGUUGCGCUGUUGGAACAAGUUGUGGGCAGAUUCACAGAGGAAAAGAAAUAUCAUGAAGACCCUCGCUAUGUUGACCUCUGGAUCAAAUUUGCAGAGAACUGCCAGGAGCCGUUGGACAUUUACAGGUACAUGCAAGCACAGGGAAUCGGAGUGACACAGGCAUCUCUGUACAUCGCUUGGUCUGAAGAGUACGAGAAUCAGGGCAACAGUCGAAAAGCAGACCUGGUCUACCAGGAAGGAUUCAAGAAGUGUGCGGAGCCGCAUGAUAAGCUACUGCAAUUUCACAAUGCUUUGCAGGCGCGCGUGUCCCGACAGGUGAUGAUGAAUGUGGAGGAGGAUAGUGACGACGAGCCGAAACAACCUGAGAGAGUUUCUCUUGCUGAACUCAAACACAGAGGGAAGAAAAAGGCCAUUGCUCCAAUCAACAGAGUGGGGCCAGCAAUCAGAAGUACUUCUGGAGGCAUGCAGUCACACAAUGCCCCGGUCCUCGGCAAUAUUUCAAACAGUCGCUUGGUGGUCUUUGAUGAGAACAAGGCUCAAAGUGCAGACCCCUCAGAGCCAAACUCGGAGCCUUGGAUGGCCCCGCCCACUUCCAGGGCAAAGGAGAACGAGCAGAAGCCUGGGAAGUGGACUAACGUCAAGGUUCCCCAAAAGUCUAAAUUUGGACAUACUGUUAUGGCCCCGCCACCUCCCAAACCCACCUUCCAACCAUUUGUUGAGGAAUCAGACCUGCCGGCAACAAUGACUCCUUGUAAGAUCAACCCGGCAGUGAACACCGUUUUAUCAGCACGUAAGCCCUGCAGAGAAGAAACUCCUCUUAAGAGACUACAGGAGCACCAGCAGCAACAGAAGGAAGCAGAAUCUGGACAGUCCCAGGAGCAGAGCAUGUACUGUAAAGAGCUGCUGCUCAGCGGCGCCUCCGAAUUCUGCUUUGAGGAACUGCGUGCCGAACGCUACUUCAAAAAGGUCACGCAGGAGGUCGGAAAUCAGAAGGAUGAGGCAAAUACAGGUGCUUCAAACUGAUGCAACCUAAGACUCACAAGUUUGAACUUUUCUAGUCUUUCAAGAUAUUUUUUUUUUACCUUGUAUCAUGUAGUUACUGCUAUACAUUGUUUUUUAUCCCUGCUGUAAAUAUUUUUUCUUGGAGCUACAGAUACUCAAAAAGCUUUUUAGAAACCUUUUUAGAUGUGGCAUUUUAGUUUUGUUGGAUUCAGUGGGAACAAAUAUACAAUGUUAAUUAAAUCCAGUUGAAAUACUACAAUCUGCAAAAACUAAACAUGACAUGGAUGACAUAAAUAAUUACACAAUUUCAACAAACAAAAGAAAUAAUAUUUGCUUUGCAAGCUUCAUUCAGACAAGAUCUGCUGGCCUGGUGAAAAUACCCGUAAUCCCAUUCAUUUGAGUGGGCAUAGUGCAUUUAGGCUGCCGUGGAAAAGUUGAAACAGAUUGAACUUUUGGAGAAACACAACCUGACAUCACACCAAUCUCCUAACCAGUGAGUUAACAUCUUUUCACCUUGCCGCAAUGUGAUGGGUGCCGAAGAUGAUGUCAGUACAAGAAAGUUUAAAAAAGUGAGGGUAAAGAAUAAAAGACAAACACUUACCCCCAACUGCACACAACUGAGCCAUUAAAGUGACACCACAGUACAACCCUGCAGCCUAAUGUUUCUACUCUUUGUAAAUAGUCAUAUUAAAGAUUUUUGUUCACCACAGCUCGAGUCUCUGCUGCAGAAAUACUAACACUUUUUCCUAAUUUCCUGCUGACUGCUUUUUUUUUUUAACUGCCAUGUUCUUAAGAACAAUGUUGUUGUUUUUCUUGUUCAGUGUUUCUUGACCAGAAGUUUCAGUACAAUUCCAACAAAGAUGCUUCAGUGAGGCAAGUUUAAUGUCUCAGUCUGAGUGAAAUGUCCCUUCAAGGCCAUGUACCAUUGGUGGUCAAUAAACAAGUUAAAAUGUU